UUGGCAACACUGCUCUGGUCACACAAUUUUCGUAAACAUUAAAAAGUAGCUCUAAAUUGAGUCGGAUAAUGUCGCAAAUACAUUAGUGAAAAACAAAGAAUGGAGGUGUUUCAGACGGACUCGCACUAUAUAUUCGUAAAGCAGGACAAGAGUUUGUGGUGGCAUCGAAGGACAUCAGAGUUCUCGAUAAAAGCAGGAUGGGAUCUCAGCUCUGUGGACGACAUCGAGUGCAUUGGAGUUACACAUGGCGUUGUGGGGGUGAUCUCGCUGCCCAAUGUCUAUGAGCCCCAUCUGAUUGUGAUCAAGGAGGCAACGGCAGUGGGUGUACUAUAUCCACCCCACUUGGUUUACAAGAUCAAGUCCAUAUGUAUUUUGAGCGCCGAGGAACCGGACACCGAUUUGCCCAACUGCACCAAGCACUCCAAGAGCAACCAGUCCACGCCCACUCACAGUGUCUCCUCCAAAAACAACAAUGCCAGUGUUCCGUCAAGCGGCGGUGGCCACUCAAAGAGCACCAAACUGUUCGAGGGUAUGAACAAGACGUGGGGCGCCGUUAAAAGUGCCGGGAACACCAUCAAGAACACCACGCAGCAAGCUGCAAAUUUGGCCACCAAGCAAGUUAAGUCUUCAGUGGGGAUCAGGGAACCGAAGCACAUCGAACGGCGCAUCACCGAGGAGCUGCAUAAGAUAUUCGACGAGACGGACAGCUUCUUCUUCAGCUUCGACUGUGAUAUAACCAACAAUCUGCAGCGUCAUGAGGCCAAAUUGGAGGAGAAUCAGUCGAUGCCGGAUGAAAGAUUCUUUUGGAACAUGCACAUGAUACGGGAUUUGCUUGACUUGAAUGACAAAACAUGGAUAUUGCCCAUCAUUCAAGGAUUUAUGCAAGUUGAGAACUGUGUAAUAGGCAAUGAGUGCUUUACAUUGGCCUUAGUAUCGCGAAGAUCUCGUCAUCGAGCGGGAACACGCUACAAGCGACGUGGAGUGGACGAGAAGGGUAACUGCGCUAAUUACGUGGAGACGGAGCAAAUACUCUCCUUUCGUCACCACCAGUUGUCCUUCACCCAAGUGCGUGGUUCCGUGCCGAUAUACUGGAGCCAGCCCGGCUACAAGUACCGACCACCUCCCCGCCUCGAUCGUGGUGUGGCCGAAACCCAACAGGCCUUCGAACUGCACUUCACCAAGGAGCUGGAGAUCUACGGGCGCGUGUGUAUCGUCAAUCUGGUGGAGCAGAGCGGCAAGGAGAAGACCAUUGGAGAUGCCUUUGCCGACCACGUGGUUAAGUUCAACAACGAGCUGAUGAUAUAUGUGACUUUCGAUUUUCACGAUUACUGCCGUGGUAUGCGCUUCGAGAAUGUUUCGGCGCUGAUCGAUGCAGUGGGCCCUGAGGCAGGCGCUAUGGGUUUCCACUGGCGCGAUCAGCGAGGAAUGAUAUGCAAUCAGAAGUCCGUGUUUCGGGUGAACUGCAUGGACUGCCUGGAUCGAACAAAUGUGGUGCAAACAGCCAUUGGAAAGGCGGUUCUUGAGUCUCAGCUAGUGAAAUUAGGACUCUCACCACCCUACACUCCCAUUCCGGAGCAACUGAAGUCCCAUUUCAUGGUGCUAUGGGCCAACAACGGCGACAUCAUAAGUCGGCAGUACGCGGGCACCAAUGCCUUGAAGGGAGACUAUACACGCACUGGCGAACGCAAAAUAAGCGGCAUGAUGAAAGACGGCAUGAAUUCGGCCAAUCGAUUUUUCAUACAAAACUUUGCCGACUCGUUUCGCCAGUGCAUCAUUGAUCUGAUGCAGGGCCAGUUGCUACGGGCAGAGGAGCUGCAGGAGGACGAGGUCCUGGACACCAUCCUCCAGAUUCUAACUCCCGAGUACCGACCCCCGCUCCGGGGCUAUUAUUAUACCGGUGUGCUGGGUCCUGAGCUGCAGUUUCUCGAAUCCAUCGUAACAACCAGUUAUUAUUUGGCGCGCUUUAAGGACUCUUACCGCCAGGCCACCAUCGAUCUUAUGCUAGGUAACCAGGUCUCCUCAGAGUCACUUAGUGCUUUGGGCGGCCAAGCGGUUCCGGAUGAAAACGAUGGAACGGAAAGCGCAGAGCAUGCCAGGUUGCUGGUGGAAGAUUGCCGUCGCCUGCUGCUGGGAACGGCUCAGUAUCCCGUUGGAGCUUGGGGACUUAUAGAUGCUGAUCCAAGCUCUGGAGAUGCCAACGAGACGGAGGUGGAUUCCAUACUACUCCUUUCGGACGACUGCUACAUCGUGGCUGAAUACGAUGCGCAGCUAGACAAGAUUUUCCGCUUUGAGAAGGUGCAGCUGACGCAGGUGCGUCUCAUCGAGUUGGGUAUGCAUCAGCAGACGAAAAUCUUCCAUGGUUCCGCUCCAGCGCAUCUUUGCCUGCGUCUCAACUACAGCGUGGAGGAGCAAGAGGGCUACUUCCACAUGUUCCGGUCGGCCAAUUUGAGAUUCUUCAACAACAUGGCCUAUGUGAUCAAGACGCAGGAGGAACUCAUUGAAUCGCUGACCUCCAUUGUGGAGAUGUUUCGCAUUGCCCUGGACAAUGCUGGGAACACAGACGUUCGCUACGUCACGGGUGGUGUGCUGCAGCGAAGAAAGAGCAAGUUGCCCUCACUGGAUGUACCCAAGGGCAUGCCUCGUAACCUUUCUGAAUCUCAGCUGGUGCAGUUAAGCUCCAAGGCUCUGUCGAAUGUGGCGGGACAGUUCUCGAAACUGGGCCAGACCUUCAAGAAGUCAUCGAGCAGCCAACAGCAAGCGCAUUCCAGCAGCUUGGCAGCGACCAUAAAUCCGCAAGUGAUGCGUCAGUCAGGAGGUAACGAAAUCGAGCCUGGAGAAGAGGCUGAAAAGGCAGUAUUUAUUCUGGGUCACAAGAAGCGGAAUUCAAACAGCGCCAGCAGCGAAGACACCGAUGACCGGGACAACAGCUUGUACGAGCCCGAGAUGGACUCCGAUGUGGAGAUAGGCACGGAUAAGUCGAACUACAACGAGAACACCUUCCUUCCGUCGGUGGGCAUUGUCAUGGGCAACCAGAAAGAGGAAUCGCCCGGCUCCUCCGAUGAGAUUCGACAGUUGGAGCAAAAGGAUAGCAUGUGCAAGACCGCCGAAAACGUGCUUACCAUUUCCAUUACCUCUGUGACGGAUCACGUUGGUCUGCCCACGGGCCUGCUGGAAAAUGCCCCACCAAUUCGACCCAUCACUCCCAAUCCGCUGAUCUGUGUGCAAGCUCAGGAAGCCUUUGACGACGUGGAAGAAGAGGUGAAGCCGCUCUCCAGUUCAUCGGCCAGAGAUCUUAUCCUUCCUGUGGACCUUCCCACUCAGUCGGAGGCCAACAAACUGAAACAGCUCGCUAGUCCGCUCUCGAAACUGGCCAAGAAUAUUGGCCUGAACCUAGAUCCCCGCAAGAUAGCCUCAAAGACCGGAGUCCUCUCACCCACCACUCUCUCCAGCGAGAAUUCUCCGCCGGAGCACUGUCCAAACUCACGGGAUCAUCUGUUGGAGCUGUGGAAGACCGAGAGCUGCAAAACCAAAUUGAUAGCCUUAUAAACGGGCCAAUAUGCAAACACAUAUACAAGCUCUACACUUUUGAAUUCAUUUGUGCAAGUGAUAUAUUUAUUUACAAAAAAACACUACUCAAUUAAAA